AUGACUACUUGCUCUCAACCAGCCAGCGAACUUGCACUUGACCCUAUCUUGGGGUCAAAUGUGUGUCUCAUCGCCAAUCAAGAAGCCAACCUGCAAGUACAAACUGCUUUUAUCACUUGUUGUGGACAGGAAGGAUGGAGUGGAAAUGACGAGGGUUGCGCUACAUACUGCAACACGGCAACCCAAGCAGAUGCGGAUGAGUGGACAGCGUGCAUGAACUACAGCUUGUAUCCUAUUUUACUUGACGCACUCGACUCGUCUUGCAGCGACAAUUUCGCCGAGCCAUUGAACGGCAUUCUACCAGCCAAUGUAAUUCCCACGACUUGGAGAGCAACGGCCGCUACUGCCGAAGCAACUCAAACUGGUGGAAGUUCUUCUUCAAUCGCAGUUUCCUUGACAACCUCUGUUCCAGCAGGAUCAAGUUCGACUGCCGCACCAACUGGCUCCCCUUCAGCAUCUGGUGCAGCCGCUCCUCCAUCAAAUAGUACUAUCACACCACCUUCAGUAACCGCCGCUCAACCUUCGACUACUGCUACAUCCCCACCAGCAGGUACCAACCCGCCGUCUAGUAACGCCAGCGGAAGAGCCUCAAUCUCCUAUGGCGCCACCGCUCUCUUCGGUCUCGUUUUGUUUACAUUCGUGUUGUAA